UUCUGUCAAACGUUAGCGCUAGCACUGCCGACAAUUUAUAUAAUUUGGGAUUUGUACAGCAAUUAAGUCAUAAUUUCUAAAUUUUCAAUAAUAAACGUGUUGAAUAGUGUUCAACUUACAUAUUGUCCGUUUUCCAUUUAAAAAUUUGAUUUAGUUUGAAGUGAAAUCGGAAUGUCAAGUGAAACGGGAAAGCAACAAUUCUCCAAUCUGGAGACUCCAGGGUAUGUUGGGUUUGCCAACUUGCCCAACCAAGUUCAUCGCAAGUCUGUGAAGAAAGGUUUUGAGUUCACUCUCAUGGUAGUCGGCGAGAGCGGACUGGGCAAGUCCACCCUCGUUAACUCGCUGUUCCUCACUGACCUGUAUCCUGAGAGAGUUAUUCCUGACGCCAUUGAGAAAACAAACCAAACGGUAAAGUUGGAUGCGUCUACCGUAGAAAUAGAGGAGCGUGGAGUGAAACUUCGCCUGACGGUGGUGGACACGCCGGGCUACGGAGACGCUAUCGACAAUACUGACUGCUUCCGUUCGAUAAUCCAAUACAUCGAUGAGCAGUUCGAGCGUUUCCUUCGUGACGAGAGCGGCCUCAACCGUCGCAACAUCAUCGACAACCGCAUACAUUGCUGCUUCUACUUCAUAUCACCUUUUGGACACGGACUGAAGCCGUUAGACAUCGAGUUCAUGAAACAACUGCAUAACAAGGUGAACAUCGUGCCCGUGAUCGCCAAAGCCGACUGCCUGACUAAGAAGGAAGUGCAGCGACUCAAGACUAGGGUGAUGGAAGAAAUCGAAAGAGAAGGCAUCAAGAUUUACCCGCUCCCAGACUGUGAUAGCGACGAAGAUGAAGAUUACAAGGAGCAGGUACGUCAACUGAAAGCAGCAGUGCCGUUCGCAGUUUGCGGUGCAGGGCAGCAGCUUGAAGUACGCGGUCGCCGUGUCAGAGGCCGCCUUUACCCGUGGGGGGUGGUUGAGGUCGAAAACCCAGAGCAUUGUGACUUUAUUAAAUUGAGGACCAUGCUUAUUACUCACAUGCAAGACUUGCAAGAAGUGACCCAAGAGGUACAUUACGAGAACUACCGCUCCGAGCGACUCGCGCGCAACGGACAAGUGCCUAAGAGACAUACGUCGACGGAAAGUGGGUUAAGCGAAGCGGACUCUAACGGUAUUUCCAAUGGCUCUUCCGAAGACGCCGUUGAACGUGAAAGAGUCCUACGUGAGAAGGAGGCGGAGCUGCGUCGUAUGCAGGAGAUGCUGGAGCAGAUGCAGCGCCAGAUGCAACUGCAGCAGGCCAAUACAACAACUGCAUAGUGCCAGUCUCUUGCACAGCUGGACAGCAGUCGCGUCCGGCUGGCAACGUGCGACGUGGUCACCUCGAUACUCUACGCCAUCCCCUACUGCGUCACCUAUUCGUAAUCAACAUCAAAGUAUACAGGGUUAAUUUUAAUUAAUCCAAUAUCUCUUAUUAUGGCAUUCCUAGAAUUAUAACAAUAACAUUAUGAUGUACGUGUUUACAUAAAGUUCUCCACUUCUCAUACAAUUCGGGUAAGAACCCUCCUUCUCAUAACUAAUGCAUUUGCAUUUCGGUACUUUUCGAAAUAUUGGCAUCUAAAGAGUUUUUGCUAAUAAAUAAGUCAUUUAUCGUUGAUUUUGUUUAACAACUAGACUGAGCCUAAAUAGAAUGGAAUAAGAAACUGAUUAGAGGGGCUUGUAGACCGUGUUUCACUGAUCCUGGAUGUUAAUAACUAUAUUUCGCUAAAAAUGACGAUUACGUUAGUUAUGACAUAGACCAAUAAGGACUGCUAAUUAGGG